UCCAUUCUUUCUCCAUUCAUUUUCUUUUCUUCUCUCCAAACAUGUAUUCUCUAAAAUCAUAUGUUUUGGUUGUAAGCUUAAUCUUUAUUCCCUUUUUUGCUAACAAUUUUCUUGUUUUUGUUAACUCCAUAACUUCUUCGUCGGGUAAUCAAUACACCACUUUUUUCAACGCUAUAUCUUCUUCCACCAAUCCCAAGGCUUCCUUAAACUCCGGUAAGAACCAAACGACGUCGUCUCUGAUAUCAUCCAGCUUCUGCGACGUAUGGGACGUGACCUGCUCUGAGGAGGUGUUGGGCCUGGCCCAGGAGCCCGACAACGUCGAGUGGAUUAAAGGGUUGAGAAGGAAGAUACAUGAAAACCCCGAGCUAGCUUUUGAAGAGUACGAAACCAGUAAACUCGUUCGAUCCGAGUUGGACCGUAUGGAUAUUGAAUAUAGGUACCCUUUAGCCAAAACGGGUAUUCGGGCUUGGGUUGGAACCGGUGGCCCGCCCUUUGUUGCCAUCCGAGCUGACAUGGAUGCCCUUCCUAUACAGGAAGCUGUAGAAUGGGAGCAUAAAAGCAAAGUUGCCGGAAAAAUGCAUGCUUGUGGCCACGAUGCACAUGUUGCAAUGCUUGUCGGUGCAGCCAAAAUAUUGAAGAAUCGUGAACACCUUUUGAAGGGAACUGUGAUAGUGAUCUUUCAGCCGGCAGAGGAAGCCGGAAAUGGUGCUAAGCGGAUGAUCGGAGAUGGGGCAUUGGAAAACGUAGAGGCCAUUUUUGCAGUCCAUGUAUCUCACGAACACCCCACGGGUAUUAUCGGCUCAAGGCCUGGUCCUCUUCUUGCCGGCUGCGGCUUCUUUCGAGCUGUUUUCAGUGGAAGAAAAGGCCUUGCCGGCAGCCCCCAUCACUCCGUCGACCCAAUCUUAGCUGCAUCAGCUGCCGUAAUUAGUUUACAGGGAAUUGUUUCUCGUGAAUCAAAUCCAUUAGAUUCCCAGGUCGUCUCGGUCACUUCUUUCAAUGGAGGCAAUAAUCUUGACAUGAUCCCUGAAACGGUGGUCAUCGGAGGUACUUUCAGGGCUUUCUCCAACGCCAGUUUUUACAAUCUUCUCCAAAGAAUCGAAGAGGUAAUCGUCGAACAGGCCAAUGUUUUCCGAUGUUGGGCGACGGUCGAUUUCUUUGAAAAAGAAUCAACAAUCUAUCCCCCAACAGUGAAUGACAACCGUAUGUACGAGCACGUAAAGAAAGUGGCCACUGAUUUGCUAGGACCACCAAAUUUCAGGGUGGUCCCUCCAAUGAUGGGUGCGGAGGACUUCUCCUUUUACUCCCAGGUAGUUCCGGCAGCUUUCUACUACAUCGGCGUAAGAAACGAGACCUUGGGAUCGACACACACCGGUCACUCGCCGUAUUUCAUGAUCGACGAAGAUGUUCUUCCCAUUGGUGCUGCAGUUCAUGCCACCAUUGCUGAAAGGUACCUCAACGAGCAAGGCUGAAAAAGGAAAGAGGCUUUAUAUCUGUGGUUUAUUUAUCCCCAACUGGGGUGAGCACUGAUUACUGAGAGAAUUGGCAAUGCAUGUGCUCUGGUGAUUUUGAUCAUAGUCAGGGUGGUGGAAAGGGCAAAGGUUUUCAACUUUUGGCGAUGUAAAGAACUGAGCAGGGGAUGCCAUGCUCUGCUCUUUUAACUUGUAACAGUGUUAAAUGUUUCAAUUAAUGCUACUUUUUAAGAUGCUUUAACCAGGCAAA